AUGGAAGAAAAAAGCAGAACAAUCAAGCCAAAAAUGAUCACCAAAUCCCAUUUAGUCUCUUCUAUCCUCUUCCUCCUCUCUUACAGUACUAUCCUCCACCAUUUGCAAGCCCAACCAAGCACUCAAGGAUUCACCUGCACAGCCAAUCAGAGUUCCUUUCCAUGUCAAACCUAUGCGUUCUACAGAGCCUCAGCUCCUAACUUCCUUGACCUUGCCUCAAUCGGUGACCUUUUCUCGGUUAGCCGCCUUAUGAUAUCAAAACCAAGUAACAUCUCCUCUCCAACCUCACCUCUUAUACCCAAUCAACCCCUCUUUGUCCCUUUAUCAUGUUCGUGCAACAGCAUCAAUGGCACUAGUAUCUCCUUUGCAAACAUCACAUAUACCAUCAAACCAAAUGACACUUUCUACGUUGUCUCGACUGAAUACUUCCAAAACCUAACUACUUUCCAGUCUGUUGAGCUUGUUAACCCUACACUUGUCCCCACACAACUCAAAAUAGGAGUAGAUGUGAUCUUUCCGAUAUUUUGCAAGUGUCCUAAUCAAACCCAAUUGCAAAAUAAGGUGAAUUAUCUGGUGUCUUAUGUGUUUCAGCCUUCUGAUAGCUUAUCUUCAGUUGCUUCAACAUUUGGAGUUGAAACACAAUCUAUUGUGGAUGUUAAUGGCAAUAACAUACAGCCUCUCGAUACCAUAUUCAUUCCAGUCAACCAACUUCCACGACUGGCACAACCCACAGUUGUUCCUUCUGUGCAGCCUUCUGGGAAGACUGAGAGGAAAGGUUUGAUUAUAGGAUUAGCAGUUGGGCUAGGAAUUGCCGGGCUUUUGUUGGUCUUGGUAACUGGGGUUUGGUUUUAUCGAGAGGGUGUAUUGAAGAAGAGAAGAGAUGUUGAGAGAGAUGACGAGAAGCAGAAGAUGCAGUUCAGUGCGGCAAGGAAAGGUCCGAAGGAUAUAGAAGUGAAUUUGAUGGCAGAUGUUUCAGAUUGCUUGGAUAAGUACAGGGUCUUUAAGAUUGAUGAACUGAAAGAAGCUACUAAUGAGUUCGGUGAGAAUUGCUUGAUUGAAGGAUCUGUGUAUAAAGGGUUCAUAAAUGGUGAGGCCUAUGCCAUCAAGAAGAUGAAGUGGAAUGCCUGUGAGGAGCUCAAGAUAUUGCAGAAGGUAAACCAUGGCAACUUGGUGAAGCUAGAGGGCUUUUGCAUAGACCCCGAGGAUGCAAAUUGCUAUAUGGUCUAUGAGUACAUAGACAAUGGCUCUCUGGAUUCAUGGUUACAUGGCAACAAGAAAGAAAAACUAAGCUGGAGAACAAGGUUACACAUUGCAAUUGAUGUUGCAAAUGGUCUCCAAUACAUCCAUGAGCACACUAGGCCAAGGGUUGUACACAAAGACAUUAAAAGCAGCAACAUUCUGCUCGACUCUAGCAUGAGAGCCAAAAUUGCCAACUUUGGACUUGCAAAAUCAGGCUGCAAUGCCAUAACAAUGCACAUUGUUGGCACUCAAGGCUACAUCGCACCUGAAUAUUUAGCUGAUGGGGUGGUGUCGACAAGAAUGGAUGUUUUCUCAUUUGGUGUGGUUUUGCUUGAGCUGAUCUCAGGCAGAGAAGCAAUUGAUGAAGAAGGCAAGGUUUUGUGGGCUGAAGCUAGUGGAAUCUUGAAGGGAAACGUUGAAGAGAUGAAGGUGAAGAGAUUGACGGCAUGGAUGGAUAAGGUUCUUUUAGAGGAAUCAUGUUCAAUGGAGAGUGUAAUGAAUGCAAUGGCUGUUGCAACUGCUUGCUUGCAUAGAGAUCCAUCAAAGAGGCCUACCAUGGUGGAUAUUGUUUAUGCCUUGUGUAAGAGUGAUGAUUUGGUUUUUGACGUAUCAGAAGACGGAUUGGCAGACCCUCAGGCUGGUAGACAAGGAGCCGGAAGGUGUAUCGAAGUUGUGGGUCUUGGUCGAUCCGAAGAAGUUGUAAUCGAUGUUUAUACUAUGGAGAAAGGUCGCACAAAGUGGUCCGUUAAGUACUAUCUACAAAUGAAUGACUUUGUAAUGCCAUAUGCUAUGAUAAAGGUAUUGUCAUUUAUUGAGGGGAACAAUGAGGCGGGGCCAUUACUUGGUGAUGAUGAGAAGCCCCGGUGA